AUGUCUACAGCCAGGAACAUCGAGUUGAAAACAGAUUCGAGCGUAAAGCAAGGAAGUAGAGUUAUACAUCCCAUGUUUGCUAAACAUGCCAAGGAUGGAAAAGGAGCAAAGGAAGAUAUAAAUCAGAAUGAACACAUAAAUCAAAGGAAUAUUACUCCAAUAUCAGUUCCCAGCAACACUCGAUUGUGCAACCGUUUGCGGAGUUUGGAUCAAAAUUUUGUUCCAUCAAGUACUAACAACUCUGGAUAUUACAGGAAAAAAGUGUCUACAGAAAUUCUUGAUGGUCUUCCAGAAUCAAAAGUAGAUCCCGAACCUGUCAAUAGGGACAUCACGGCAAUUACAGACUAUUCAACGAGUUCAUCUGCUACUCCAGCAGAACAGCCUUCAGGAACUAAAGAUAACCUAACAGAAAAGAAUAAGAAGUCCUCAAUAGAACAAAAAAGGUUUUACCAACGAAAACUAUCUGGAUUCUCACCCAUUAAACUGCUUCCAGUUGGAAAGUUUUUCAAACUUUUGAAGCCACCUUUACAAAGGAGAAAUUCUUGUCCUGCUUUAACAAUAACAGAACAAACAGAGGGUCGGCCGAAAAUACCUCCCACAGCCGUAAAAGAAUCGGAAACCACAGACUCAACAUCUAGCUCAAAUAAACUGAAAAAUGAACGCAAUAAAAUUUGCAAAUUAACUAAAUGGACAUCCCAUUCAGAGUUACUACGAAAAGCAGGCAAAGAAUGUAAUUCAGGACAAGACGAAAGAAAGAACAUUGAUGAUAUUUUACAAUUAAGUGGCGAAGCCAAAUUACGAGAAAACAUUGGCAGAGUUGAAUCUGCUUUUCAUAAACCAAGAAAAUACCACACGUACAGGCCUAAUCAAGAAUGUCAAAGCUCAACUGAUUUCAGUGACAUUUGCCGGUUGCAAGAGAAAAGAAACUCAGAAACUUUAUCUGAUGCGGAAGUUGUUGAAAAAACUGUUAUUAUUGUUUCAGAGAAUGCUUGCGUUGUUUCUGAACACCAAUCUAGAAAUGAUAUUUCAGACGAGUUAACGGACUCCGUAAACAUUUAUGAAGAAGUUUCUAUGAAUAGAAAAGAUUAUGGAUCUGAAAGUAAAUCAGAAAUUAAUACGAAUAUUGGAAAAUCAGUAUGCAACGAAGCAGUCUUUAUUAAUGAAUAUAAGCCGGAAAUUGUGAGCAAUGAUAGAAAUUUUUCAGUCAGUGAUAACAUAAAAACUCAUAGUUCUACUCAUUCAGAAGGAAAUAACAUUACUUCCAGCAACCUGACUAUAAACUCCGGCCAAAUAGUUAAACUUCAAACAGAAGCUUCAAAUGAGUUACUUAAAAAUUCAGAGGUCUCAAGUGGAAGUCAUACUUCCAGCAGCAAAAUUUACCUUAAAAUUGAAUCGUCAGAAAAAAAUUCCCUCGCAGAAGCAAUAAACCACUGGAUACCACAAAAUGAAACGUUGGACAACGGAACGAAUUUCGGUGAAGAUAACAUAACAAUACCCCAAAAUAAUAUUCACGCAGAAGUAUCAGAAAAUUAUUUAAGAGAACCACAAAAUGGUUUAAAGUCGAAAACUCCGCAGCCGCAAUUAAUCAGUAUAGUCUGCAAUCAAUCGAGUAACUCCUACGACGCUAUUGAUAAAAAUACAAAUAUUUUCCCCGGAAUAAAGGUUUCUGUGAGUAAUAAUUCACAAAAUGAUGCCUUAGAUUUUGGGGAAUGCAACACGAAUUCUUUAACAAAUGGAAUGCAAAAUGGCGACAUCAAUGAAUGCUAUAAUGUUAAACUAGAUGCUCCAGAAGAGGUGAUAGUGGCAGGCUUUCAUGAUUUCUGUCAUACAAUGUUAUCGUUAGAAGAAAGCAUCGACUCUCAAGAUACAGGUACAGUAAAAAGAAGAACUGUGACUAAGAAGCCAAAAGCAGAUGAUAUCGAAUUUAACAAAUUUAAAGAUGAACAUGAGGCUCAAGAAAAUCCUUCGACAUCCUACAAUGAUUCACAGUCCAAAAAUGGUUUUGAACACAGUAUGUCGUCAGAAUCGGAAAAUAAUGAUGAAGAAAUUAAUAUUGACAUUUUCUCAUAUCAAAAUGAAAGUGAAAAUACUUCUGACAAACUUUUAGAAGAAAUUCAAAAUAGCAAACUAAUGGAAAAAAUGAACAUCAGAGAUCCUGAUGUCAUCGAUGCUAUUAGUGCCUUAGACAGAUCAUUAAUGGAAGCGAUAGAAAAACCAAUAAUUAUUGAAAGUGAAUAUUCAGAAAUAGACCCUGACAUCAUUAAAUCAAGGGAACCAAACAGUUCUGAAGUGAGAAAACUUCCUAAAAUUGUUAAAGAAGACAAAAUACAGUGUGAUAAUUUAAUCGAAGAAUUGAUGUUGGUUGAUACCAGUAAAACUGUUCCCAUUAGUCAACAAAAGGACUUUGAUUCUGAAAGCAAAGGAGAAAGUAUAUCAGUAAUUAUAUCAAACAUGAACACUCAACAUUAUCCUUUCGGUUGUCAUCCAAAUGCUCAAAAAUAUCUACCUGGAUUUAAACAGAAUAAAAUUGAAACGUCUGUUCAAAGCCAAUACAGUGACAAUUUUCAAUUUCGCACAAGUUCUUCAUUCUCACGGCAGAGAUUACCUUUGGAAACCAGGACUUGUAAUUUAAAUAAAACUCAAUACAGUGGCGAAGGAUUAUCAGAUUAUGAUUUGCCAAAUGAUGAAAUGAAAAAAGUCAACGUAAUGUCCAAUGCUAAAGAUGAGUCUUCUCCACCAAUGUCUAUUAGUUCAGAAGAAAGUUCUCCAGUUCUUCCUCUGCAAGUUUCUGUCGAUAAUUCUGCUGUUGCACAGGAUGUGGUGGCCUGCAGUAGGACAAGUCCUUGUUCAGUGGAUUCGGGGACUAGUUCUCAUAAUCAAGGUUAUUUUGUCGUCGUGGCAAUAGAUUUUGGAACUACAUAUAGUGGAUAUGCAUUUAGUUUCACAAGAGAUCCGGAUAAUAUCCAUAUGAUGAAAAAGUGGGAUGGAGGUGAUCCGGGUGUUUUCAACCAGAAAACGCCAACCACCUUACUUCUAACUCCUGAGGGAGAAUUCCAUUCUUUUGGCUACUCUGCUCGUGACUACUAUCACGAUUUAGAUGUAGAAGAAGCAAAAGACUGGCUGUAUUUUGAAAAAUUUAAAAUGACAUUACAUAAUAAUGAGCACUUAAGUUUGGACACAGAGAUUGCAGCUGCAAAUGGAAAACAACUGAAAGCAGUGACAGUAUUUGCACAUGCACUGCGUUACUUUAAAGAUCAUGCAUUGCAAGAGCUCAGUGAUCAAUCUGCAACGAGAAUUUUAAAUGAAGAUGUACGAUGGGUAGUAACUGUUCCAGCAAUCUGGAGGCAACCAGCAAAGCAAUUUAUGAGAGCUGCCGCUUAUAAAGCUGGUAUUGCUACUGCUGAAUACCCUGAUCAACUUCUAAUCGCUUUAGAGCCUGAAGCAGCGUCAAUUUAUUGUCGAAGAAUGAGGCUACAUCAAUUGGUUCCAGAAGAAACUCAGUUCCAACGAUCAUCUUUCAAUUGGCAAAAAGAAAAUGAUACUGACUCAGAAGUUAACUCAUCGCUAUGUGAUAAAGAUUUUAGCUUUCCAACUUCAAUAGGACAAGGAAACGAAGGGUCUUUCACUAUCGGAACCCAAUACAUGGUAGUAGAUUGUGGAGGUGGAACAGUUGAUAUAACAGUUCAUGAGUUGUUGGAUAAGCAAGGAACACUUAAAGAGCUUCAGAAAGCUUCAGGUGGCCCUUAUGGUUCAAUGGGAGUAGAUAUGGAGUUCGAGAAAUUACUUCGUGAUAUAUUUGGUGAAGAUUUUUUUGAACAAUUCAAAUCAAAGCGUCCAACAGGCUACGUUGAUUUAAUGAUUGCAUUUGAAGCAAGAAAAAGAAAUGCAAGUCCAUACAAGAACAAUCCUUUGAACAUUUCACUCCCUUUCUCAUUCAUAGACUACUACGAAAAAUGCCAUGGUGGAUCAGUGGCUGCUGCAAUCAAAAAGUCUAGUCAUAAAGAUGUCAAAUGGUCUUCCCAAGGUAUGCUGCGAUUAGAACCAUCAGCAAUGGAAGAGUUGUUUCAAAGAACUAUAAAACAAAUCAGAGAGCAUAUUGAAAGUAUCCUCUCACAAGAAGAUAUUCACAUAGACCAUAUUUUCUUAGUUGGAGGAUUUGCUGAGUCACUCAUUCUUCAAAAAGAAAUUAAAAACUCUUUUUCUUCUAAAGUAAAAGUAGUUAUACCACAAGGUGUAAGUUUAGCGAUAUUAAAAGGUGCGGUUCUAUUUGGAUUAGAUCCAACAACAGUAAAUAUUAGACGCUUAAGAAUGACUUAUGGAGUGGGUGUUCUAAAUCGUUUUAUACAUAGAGUACAUCCACGUGAAAAACUGGUGAUAAAAGAUAACAUACAAUGGUGUGCAGAUGUUUUUGACAAAUUUGUAGUUAAUGAACAAUCUGUAGGAGUUGGUGAUGUCGUUGUAAGACGCUAUACUCCAGCAAAAGAUGGACAGUCAUGCAUCGUUAUACACAUAUAUUGUAGCGAAAAAGAUAAUGUCUACUUUAUAACAGAUCCUGGAGUUAAGCGCUGUGCAACGUUAAUCUUAGAUCUAUCAGACAGUAGGUACAUCCAGUCCCGAGAAAUUCAAACACGAAUGAUGUUUGGUGACACAGAAAUAAAAGUAAGCGCUUUGGAUGUAACCACAGGAAAAUGUGUAAAAGCAGAAGUAGAUUUUUUAAAUAAUUAAGUGAUAAAAGGCUGAAAUUAUUACAUGUGAAUAUGAAUAAAUUUUUAAAAAAAGA